UUUAGUGGACUGCGAGUGUUGUCUGUGAUUGUUUGUGAUUUAUCAGCGAGCGAAAUGCGGCCAUCCAGAAGGGUGGCGGAGGGGUAAGCAGGCCAGCAUGUUGCCACUGAGCUCCGUCAUAAGGAGAGGGCUUCCCACAGCGCUGCAGAAAACUUUCCUUAAUGGCGAGGAUGUGGCCACCAGGCUGGCGCGAGCCUUUGUGGCAUGUGAUGAAGGAUUGGUGCAGGCGUGUCUGGAUGAAGGCGUGGACCCCAAUCUUUCCCUGGCGAGAGGACACACACCCCUCACUCUUCUUCUCUCCACAGCCACGUCAGACCGGUGGGAAAAUUUGGUGAGGUUGUUGUUGGAAGCAGGGGCCUCGCCCCACACCCGCGACCCACGGGGAACCCCCCUACUCUCCCUACUCGUCAUUGCUGGAAGCAGUGACCUUGUAGGUCUUGCGCUGGAUAAAGGAGCAGAUGUCAACGUAUGCGGUCCUGAUGGGGAGACGCCCUUGCUGGCCGCCGUCCACUACCGUAAAGUUGAAAGUCUGCGCCUCCUGUUGCAGCGCGGAGCCGAUCCCAACACUACCUCCUGCGACGGAAACACUGCUCUCAUGUGGGCCGCGGGACGCAGCAACGGAAUAGGCAUGCAGAUGUCCCUAGCUUGCGUUAAAAUGCUCCUUAAACACGGCGCUCUAGUGAAUUUUAGAAACCCCAGAGGUUACACUCCUCUCAUGGCCGCCUCUCUCAUCCGAGAGAGAGAGACAGUGAAGUCGCUUUUGGCCGCUGGGGCAGACCCAGACCAGACAGAUGAGAAGGGCGAAACGGCUCUCAUGAAGGCUGCUGAUGCUGACGAUGAAGGAGUGAUCGCAGAACUCCUGGCUGGCAAAGCGAGUGUCAACAUACAGAGCAGGACUGGCUGCACUGCUCUAAUGAGCGCUGUAUCAACGGAGGUUAUGACAAGGUUGUUGCAGCACCACUCUGAGCCGACGUUGGCAGCAAAAGACGGCAACACCCCGCUGCACCACCAGGCUAUGAGUGACCGACCAGAGUUAGCUUACUUACUUCUAGAGUACGGUGCCCACCUAGAAGCUAGGAACGGUCAGGGCAACACCCCUCUACAGACGGCGGUACGUUGCAAGAGCUAUGCUGUUACGAACCUGUUGCUAGACACGGGCGCCAACGCCCUCGCAAUAAAUGACAAGGGCGUGUCCGUAUUGCACGAUGCUGUGUUGCCCUGGGACUACUACAACACCCACGACAUAUUCACCGCCCUCAACACCCCAACUCUCAUCGCCGAACUCCUGCACUACUUUCGCUGUAGGUCUGACAUGACGCUAACUAUAGCCGAGAGACUGCUGCGGCUAGGGGCAAACCCGGGCUUGAGAGGAGAACAUGGAGUCACACCUCUUAUGCUCGCUGCCGCCUGCGGCAACGAGCGGCUGCUACGACUGCUGAUACAUUACGGAGCAACAGCGGCUUCCCGCGACACACAAGGCCGCACCGCACUAGCUUAUGCUUGCAAGUGGGGCCACGCUCACUUGGGAAAACUUUCCCACUCACUCAUGAUAUUCCCUGUCAAUACUCUCGACCAAAAAAACAAUUUACCCAUCUACUACGCCGCGCAACCCCACACCCCCCUUUAUUUUUUGGCCUAA